AUGAAUGAUAAUGUGAUACUUGAAUGCUUGAUGGCAUUGUUGUCACCAGAGGAGGAGAAACGUGGAUUGGCAGAGCAGAAGAUCAAUGAGAUGUCAUUACAUCUUAAUACAUUUGGUUCGACACUAUGUUCGUUAGCCGUGAACAAACAGGUCAGCAUAGAUCUUCGUCAAAUGGCUGCUGUACUAUUGAAGAAGCAUAUCAAAGAGCAUUGGAGUGACCUUGAGAGUGUCGAGCGUGACAAAGUCAAGAGUCUCUUGUCACCUGCCCUCUCAGACCCAUCAUCCAAAAUCAGAACUGCCAUUGCAAUGUGUAUAGGUAGAGUUGGAUCUUUUGAGUGGCCUAAUCAAUGGCCCACAUUGUUGGACGACUUGAUCAAAUGUAUAGUGCCACCAAUGUGUCAGGACAAGAAUAUACUGUCUGGUGCACUGAUAUGUUUGGAGAUACUGUGCGACCCUUCAUAUCUGAGUGAAUCACAGAUCCAGACGAUCAUUGUCGUUCUGUUCCCAGUGUUCUUGCAGAUUCUUGCCACGUUCAAUGCCGCACACACCGACGACCUGCUUUACAAUAUGUCUGUGCACAUCAAGAUUGUCCGCAUCUUCAAGAACAUCAUUUCACAAUCACUGAUUGUUGAUGGCAUGAGGAAGUUGAUCAUGCCCAUCCUGCCAGGCUGGAUGGAGGCCUUUCGUCACGUGCUUGAGGCUCGCGUUACACCAGGCGCUCGCCAUAUGAACCAAGUGUUCACCGUUCAGACCAACGCAAUUGAGAGCUAUUCAGUGCUCACUUCAAACUACCCCAAACAGAUGUUAAAGUACCUGCCCUCGAUGAUCCCUUCGCUCUGGGGUCUAUUCGUAGGCUACUAUCAGUUCUACGAGAAGUUGGAGAUCAAUAGCAAUGGCGACGAUGACACACCCGUCACCACACCUGGCUCACACGAAGAGUUUGGCAUCACCAGGAUCGACAGUUUGGUAGCGUCCAUCCUGGAGUUUGUCACUGUGGUCAUUGACAGCAAGUCCAAACAGAUGUUUGCGCCACAGCUCCAACAGAUCAUCCAGCAGACCAUUCUCUACAGUCAGAUGACCAACAAUCUGGUCGAGUUGUGGGAGGACGAGCCCAGCCAGUUCCUGGAGCAGGAGGACGAGACCAGCAGUCAUCCAAGAAGCAUCGCAUGCUCACUGCUCGAUCGUCUGCGAGAAGUUUACGGCAAGGACGCCUUGCGAGCUAUCUACGAGACGGCUUCGGCACUCAUUGCACAGUCAUCGGCCAAUCGUGCCGAGGAGAACUGGUGGAGAAUUCGCGAGGCAUCACUCUUGGCUCUCUCAACCCUCGCCAGAUACUUUGUAAAGUCAGGCGACAAGAAGUACUUUGACUUUUCGUUGUUCCUUACAGACUGCUUGGCCAAAGACUUUGACCUGCCCAAGAGCGAGUACAGUGCCAUACUACAAGGUCGUUCACUACUCUGCGCCAGUCUCUACUGCCAGAGUGUCGACACUGCCAUCACCAUUCCAUUCCUCAGAGUGGCGGUCAACAUCAUUGCCGAUGGCGACCAGCCAGUGCCCUUCAAGAUGUCUGCACUCAAGGCCAUUGCAGGCUUCUCACCACGUCUUCCCAAGGCCAUCAUGGCCGAGUUUAUACCGGCCAUCAUACAGGGCACUGCCAAGUUGUUGCCAACAGUAACCGAAGACUGUCUCCUCGUGGUCUACGACGCCAUCCUCAUGAUCAUCAAGAUUGACAAGGGUAUUACAGCUCAGGCCGAACCAUAUUUGACACCCCUAUUACUGUCCUCUUGGAUGCAAUAUGCCAACGAUCCACUGGCCUCUGACUCAAUACGCGACAUACUACAUGUUAUUUGCCAAUCACCAGAGGUGUACCCUGGCAUCCUACAACGCCUGUUGCCAACCCUCUGCACAAUACUGGAGUCAUUUGAUAAGCCAGCCUACGUUGGAAUAGGAGAACGAGCCAUCGACAUUAUCAAUCUCGUACUGGCCAACCACAAGGGCAACUUUGAUCCAAUGCUCCUCGAGAGAAUAUUCGCGCCACUAGCCACUAUCCUUACAUCCAACACCACAGACACUGGUAUACUCAAGUCAUCGCUGUGUGCCAUUCUACCAUUUGUGCAUCACUCUGCACCUUUGCUGGCCACAUGGAAACAUUCCACCACUGGUAUCAGUGGCCUUCAGUACCUGUUCCAGAUUAUCGAGAAGCAACUGCAGAAUCCAGAGGAGUUUGUUGCCAUGUACACACCUCCAAUCAUCACUCAUUUGAUUAUCAAACUUCAACAGCACAUCCAACCACACCUGCCUCUUGUCCUUAGACUGUCCCUCGAGGUCCUGCUGCGUUGCAAACUGCCAUCAUUCAAGCAGGCUCUGAUCAUUAUCUUUGCUCGAAUGGUCCUACUCUCCCCAGCAGAGGUCGUCCAAUACCUCAGUGGUAUCAAUUUGGCAAACAACUCUACAGCGCUGGAGGCGGUGCUGAAUGAAUGGACCAAGUAUCAUGCCGACAUCCACUCGAGACUCGAUGUCAACAUUAGCACUAUUGGCUUAUGCAAGCUAAUCAAUCUUGGUGAUGUGCGACUGGAGAAGAUUAUGGUCGAUGGAACCCUGCUCAUUCCAGAACAGUUCAAGAUGAGCAGGUCAUCGGCAAGACAGAGCUUCAUGAGUGGACGUACAAACUUGGAGAAGUGGACCAAGGCUGCCUUUUAUCAAAAGGCUACAAUGGUCAUUAUGGAGACAUUUGAAAUGGAGGUGUUGGACAAGAAGAAGCUGAUAGAAGAUGGACAGGACUAUGCCGACGACGACAACAUCAAUCACGAUGAAGACGAUGGUGAUGACUUUGACGAGGACGAGGAUGAAGAUGACUUUGAUGUGGACAAAGCAUCGUUUGCACCCGCCGAGGAUUAUGAAGAAUACCUUGAAUCAGAUGAUGACGACAGUACUGGAUUCGACAUGGACGCUGACAGUGUAAUCGAUAAAGAGGAUCCACUGUAUCAUAUUGACCUUGCUAGUUACAUCAAGGACUUUAUCAAAGAGAUGAGAACAAACAACGCCAAUCAAUUCAAUGGACUGGCGCCAAUCAUCAAGAAGAUUGCACCUCAAUUGGUGGAGUAA